GCUCCCGUCGAAAAGAAGAAAGGAAAAAACACAGCUCUCACACCCCGCCUCGGCCGCGUCUAAAACCCUAGCCCCCGCCGCCGGCGAGCGACGAGAUGAUGGACCAGCGGUGGCGCCCGACGGUGAACGAGCGGGAGUUCAUCGAGCAGGCCCUCCAGUCGGACCUCCGCGUCGACGGCCGCCGCCCCUUCGACUUCCGCAAGCUCACAAUCUCCUUCGGCAGGGAGGACGGCUCCGCGGAGGUGCUGCUCGGCGAGACGUGCGUGAUGGGCUAUGUGACCGCCCAAUUGGUCCCGCCGUACAAGGACAGGCCGAACGAGGGCACGCUCGCCAUAUUCACCGAGUUCUCGCCCAUGGCUGAUCCCGCCUUUGAGCCGGGGCGGCCCGGGGAAGCGGCGAUUGAGCUGGGUCGUGUCAUCGAUCGUGGCCUAAGGGAGAGCAGAGCCGUGGAUAUGGAAUCCUUGUGUGUUGUUGCGGGGAAGCAUGUCUGGGCGGUGCGCGUUGACCUUCACAUUCUGGACAAUGGGGGGAAUCUCAUCGAUGCAGCUAACAUCGCUGCAUUGGCAGCUUUGUCUACAUUCCGGAGGCCUGAAUGCACGGUUGGUGGGGAUGAUGGUCAGCAAGUCACAGUACAUGACCCUGAGGUCAUGGAUCCACUUCCCCUAACAAUUCAUCAUCUCCCCAUAGCUGUAACCUUUGCAUAUUUUGGUGACGGUAAUAUCAUGGUUAUCGAUCCAACAUACAAGGAAGAAGCUGUUAUGGGAGGAAGGAUGACAGCUACGGUUAACUCGAAUGGUGAUGUCUGUGCCAUUCAGAAAGCUGGUGGAGAGGGUGUCAUGUCAAGUGUUAUCAUGCAGUGUUUAAGGAUUGCUUCGGUUAAAGCUGCUGAUAUCACAAGCAAAAUAAAGACCAAGGUCGAUAAGUACACUACUGAUAAGGCAUUGCAGAAAGUAAAGCGUACUCCAGCAAUAGUUGCUAAAGAAGUUAACGUUCCUGAUGUCGCUAUGAAGGAGAGCAUGCAUAGUGCAAUGGAAAACCAAACCUCGAAGGCACCCAAUGAUGAUCAGCAGAUAAGUGAAGAUUCACCAGAGCCAGUGUUGAUUGAAUCUAAUCCAGAGGUGAAAAGUGUGUCAAAUUCUGGAAGUGCUGGAGAGUCAGAUGAGGUCAAGGAAAGCAGAUCACCGGAGAGUCUAGUAGAUGCUGUCAAACCAAAACAUAAAAGGAAGAAGAAACAACAUGGCAAGAGUUAGAUUGACUGUAGCCUUAAAGUCUUAACUGCAUGAUGGUUGCAGACACAGUUAGUUAGCUUUCUUAUUCUCUUGAUGUGCACAUGCUACAGUGGUACAUUAUUAAAUUUUAAGCAACGAGUAAUAGUGCUAUCCUUUGCUAUGCCAUCAUUCCUAUA